GACUAAGGGUUUCUAGUCUCAGAUCCAGCUUUCUGCCUACAAGUUAAAUUGCAGGGUCCAAGGAACAGCUCUCCACCGACCCUAUUGCAGCGGAAGGCUCUAAAGCCUGGGAUCAGAAUGGACCCGGCCCCGGGAAUCACUGCCGAGGGUCCUUCUGGAGACAACAAGAGCAGGGGGCAGGUGCCCCCACGGAAGGGACUGCGAAGGAUCAUCCCAGAAGGCUUUGGGGCGGAAGUCUGGAGUCUUUUCAAACUCUCGGGACCCUUGUUCCUGUUCCAGCUAUUAAUUUUCAUGAUCUUUGUGGUGAGCACCGUGUUCUGUGGGCACCUGGGAAAGCUGGAGUUGGCCUCCGUGACCCUGGCCGUGGCGUUUGUCAACAUUUGCGGAGUUUCGGUGGGCUACGGCAUGGCGUCGGCCUGCGACACCCUGAUGUCUCAGACUUAUGGAAGCGCCAACAAGAAGCACGUGGGGGUCAUCCUGCAAAGGGGGAUCCUGAUCCUGCUGCUGUGCUGCUUCCCCUGCUGGGCCCUCUUCAUUAACACAGAGGAGAUCCUUCUCCUCCUCAGGCAAGACCCCGACGUGUCCAGGAUCACUCAGGAAUAUGUGAUGAACUUCAUUCCUGCUCUUCCUGCAAUUUUCCUUUAUGCCUUGGAAGUGAAAUAUCUGCAAAAUCAGGGCAUUGUCUGGCCUCAGGUUCUCAGCAGCAUUCUGGGAAAUGGUGUCAAUGGCUUGGCUAACUACAUCUUUGUCUACAUUUUCAAUCUGGGAGUGCCGGGCUCUGCUUUGGCUAACACCAUUUCCCAGUUCAUCCAGGCCAUUGCCCUUUUCCUGUAUGUUGUGGUGAGAAAACUCUACCUGGAAACAUGGGGAGGGUGGUCCCUCCAGUGCCUGCAGGAGUGGGAAGCCUUCUUGUCUCUGGCCAUCCCGGGCAUGCUCAUGAUCUGUAUCGAGUGGUGGGCUUAUGAGAUUGGGAGCCUCCUCAUAGGUCUGCUCAGCGUGGUGGAGCUGUCUGCCCAAUCCAUAAUUUAUGAGGUGUCAACUAUUAUGUACAUGAUUCCUCUUGGAUUUGGCUCUGCUGUCUGCGUCAGAGUGGGGAACGCACUGGGUGCCGGGGACACUCAGGCGGCUAAGAGAUCUUCGGUUACUGGGGUGCUAUGCACUGUUGGCAUCUUUUUUGUCAUUGGCUCCCUGCUAACCAUCUUCAAGGAUGUCCUGGGAUGGAUUUUUACCAAUGAUGAGGAAGUCAACGCCCUGGUGAGCUGGGUCAUGCCGGUCUACAUCGUCUAUAACCUGUUUGAGUCGCUCUGUUGUGUCUGCGGCGCCGUGCUGAGAGGAACUGGCAGGCUCAUCUUUGGGGCUGCCGUGAAUGCCGUGGCCUACUACGCCAUCGGGCUCCCCAUCGGGGCCGUGCUGGUGUUUGUGGUGAAGAUCGGAGUCAUAGGCCUCUGGCUGGGGAUGCUGGUCUGCGUCAUCCUGGCCACCAUCACCUUCAUCACCUACACCGCCAGGAUUAAUUGGAAGCUGGCUGCAGAGGAGGCUCAGAAACGGGCCGGCCUUCACCAGCCAGAGUCCCAGAGCACAGGCCCCAGGCAGGGGCCGGGCAGGAUGGCCUUUUCCUCAGUGGCUACAGGUAGCAACCCUGGGAUUGUUCUGACGAGGUACUCAAAAGCCGAGAGCCAGGCAGACCUCUUGCCACCUCUGGAAGCAGCGUCCACUCUUUCUACCGCUGGCAAUGUGUUGUCACUCAAGCAGCUGAUUGUCCGCCGGGGGCUUUCUCUUCUGGGGGCGGUCGCAGUGCUGAUUCUAGGGGUCAUGAUCAAGAUCAUGACUUCCAAGCACUAG